UGGUAUGAAAAUGGUAUUCCUUGAAGCCUAAAUAUAAAUUUGACAAAAUUGCAAAAAUGGUCCCUGUGGUUUGCAUUUUUUCAGGAAAAAAGUCCAAACCACGAGUUUUUUGGUUUUGUGGUCCUUUUGGACUGGUGUGUUUGUGAGAAUGGUCCCUAUACUUAACACCCGUUAAAUUCCAUCCGUUAACCCCCUCAUGUGCCUUGCACGUGAGGGUAUUUCUGUCCUUUUACUUAUAGGGACAACACUUCCUUCUACCUUUUAUCCCUCAUUUACAAUCCCAAACACCCGUCAACUCCCCACCUCCCUCCUUCUUCCUUCUGCUCCAUUAAACCUGCAAAAAAAAAAGUCGUUAUCGAAAGAACCUAAUCGAAGCAAAAGGAGACAAGGUCAUACUUUAAAGUCGAAAUGGUGUACGUAAUGUGGCAGAUCAGACCAAAAAAUGAAGUUGUCGACGUAUCAUCCUUAUAUGCGGGUGCACCCACAUGGUUUAGUAUUAAGCUUCAUCAUGGUGGGAAGUUUACUAAGUUACCUGACAUAAAGUAUACUGGAGGUGAAGUGCGUUAUGUUGAUUAUGUGGACAUAGAUGAGUUUUCUGUACAUGAACUUGAUGCCAUAAUGCUUGACCUAGGUUACCCAGACCCACGGAUGAUUGAAUUGAGUGUUGAAUCCCCAGUGAUAUACUACCAUUUCAGGAUACCCAAUGGUGACUUUCAAUUUGGUCUUAGAGCUUUAGGGAAUGAUCAGGAUGUUAUCAAUCUUUCUAAAUUUAUUCAAAAUAACAAGUUGAUUGAAGUGUACACAGAACAUGGGAAGACAAAUCUACUCACAUACUUCAUGUCUCCAAAUGCAAAGGGUAAAGUUGUCAUUGAGGAAUUACCAGAAAAUGAUGAUCAAGGGGCUAAAUAUGAGGCUGAAGUUCAUGUAGAAUCUCCAUUGAGAAAUAUGAACCAUGUCAAUGAUGAACCAAUUGGUGAGUACAUGUCUUUGAUUCUUUUUGGGAGUAAAACUGAUGCAUUCUCUCCAGAGUAUAGAAGGGGUAGAGUUGGGAAUUCAAAAAGAGAGGAAGGUUCUUGUAGCAAGAGGCUUAAUUUAGAGGAUAUUGAUGAUUUAAAAGAGAAGGAAAACACUAAUGAGGGUGUUAAGGAGAUUCAUGAGGCUGCAACUGUUGUUGAAGGAUGCUACAAUCCAUUUACUUCAAAUAUUGCUAAUUAUGAAGGGGAUGUUGAAUCUGAAGAGAGUGAUGAAGAGUAUGAAAAGGAUGAAGGUGAUGAUCAUGAUGGGAAACAAUCAGAAAAUGAAGAUAAAGUGGAUGACAUAAUGGAUGAGGAGAACAAUAUAGAAGAUGUUGAUGUGGACAUGGCAGACUUCUUUGUAAAUGUUGAAAGUGAUGUUGAAGGAGCAUGUAUUAAUGAUGGUCAUGAACCUGAAGAUAUGGAAGUGAUCAACAAUGAGGAGUUCGAAUCAUUGGAUGAAGGAUCAGACCAAGACAGAGAAAGAAGAGCUCUCAUAAGAAAUUUGGGAAAAGAAAAAAGGUGCAACUUUGGGUCAGUACAUAUACAGUCAUUCUCAGUGGGGCAAAAGUUUAAAAGUAAAAAAGAAUUAAAGGAGUUAAUUGAUGUGCACGCACUAGAAACAAGAAGGAAUCUAUUCUUUAAAAAAAAUGACAGUCAAAGGCUUAGGGCACAGUGCAGAGGAGUUGUACCUGUCAUCAAUAAAGGUCAAGUGGGGACUAAACCUACCACUUCAAAAAGCAAGGGCAAAGAAGUAAAGACACAAAAAGAAACAUGUGGUUGGUAUAUACAUGCAUCUAGGUCAAACCCCGAAUCUGAUUGGUUUAUAAGGACCUUAAACCAAACUCAUACAUGCUUACAAACAAGAAAACUCAGAGCUUGUACUGCUUCUUUAAUCUGCAAGAAAAUCAUAGAUCAAGUUGAGGCAGAUCCGAAGAUUCCUUUGAGAGCCAUACAAGAUCACUUUCAAAAGACCUACCAGGUGGGUAUUUCAAUGGAUAAGGUGUUUAGGGCAAAAGAUAUGGCAAGAAAGCAUGUAACUGGGGACUACACAAAACAGUUUGAGUUGUUGAGGGACUAUGCUCUUGAACUUCAAGCUACAAACCCAGACACAACAGUCAAAAUAGAUGUGUGUCCUAAUGGCAACCCUGCAUCCCCAACAAGGCAGUUUAGAAGGAUUUAUGUAUGCUUGGGUCCACUGAAAAAAGGUUUCAAAGCAUGUCUUAGAGACUUAGUAGGUUUGGAUGGUGCCUUCAUGAAAGGCCCAUUCCCUGGUCAGGUUCUUACAGCAGUUGGUCUAGAUUCCAACAAUGGAAUUUAUCCCUUAGCCUAUGCAAUUGUUGAGUCUGAAAACACAGCUAGCUGGAAGUGGUUUUUAGAAAACCUUGGGGAUGACUUGGAGCUUGGGAGCAACUCAAACUAUACUUUCAUAAGUGACAGGCAAAAGGGAUUACAAAUUGCAGUUGAUCAAUUGUUUCCCAAUGCUGAGCAUAGGUAUUGUAUUAGACAUAUUCAUGACAAUAUGAGAAAGAAGUGGGGGCAAACUGAGUACAGGGACCAUUUAUGGAGGUGUGCAUCAGCAACCACCAUUCCUGAGUUUGAACAUUUGAUGAAAGAGUUUAGUGAGUAUGAUAAGGAGGCAUGUCAAUGGUUGAAGCAAAUUCCUCCUGUACAUUGGGCAAGGAGUCAUUUCUCAGGAAGAGCUGUUUCUGAUGUGUUGAUUUCAAACAUGUGUGAAGUGUUUAAUGGGAAGAUAGAGAAAGGCAGGGACAAACCUGUAAUUUCAUGUUUAGAGUUCAUUAGGGAGUAUCUAAUGAAGAGGAUAUGCAAUGUCAUGAAGGCAAUGAAGAAGGCUAAAGGUCCACUAACACCUACAGCAACAGACAUCCUAGAUGCAAGGAAAAAAGUGCUUCACAAUAUAUUGCUAGGUGGAAUGGGGCAAACAAGUAUCAAGUCACUGCAGCAUUGCAAGAUCAACAUGUGGUGGAUGUUAGGAACCAAACCUGUACUUGCAGAAAGUGGGAAUUAA